UUUUGUUCGGUAAAUGUGCGGUUUAUUUUUGAUAGGUACGGGUACAUUCUCUUGAUGUUUUAUGAACUUCUUUAGUCGCAUGUGUAAUCCAAAAUGGCGUUCUAAUCGUUAGAGAAAAGUCAUCGUAUAAAUAAAAUGAAACCGUUACUUCUCCAUGGUCAUGAGCGAUCUAUAACGCAGAUAAAAUAUAACCGUGAAGGUGAUCUUUUAUUUUCUUCGGCAAAAGAUAAGAGACCAACAGUAUGGUUUUCUAUUAACGGUGAACGCCUUGGAACUUAUGAUGGUCAUGGUGGUGCCGUUUAUUGUCUUGAUCCAAGUUGGGAUUCUAAGUACCUGAUCACAGGUUCUGGUGAUAACUCUGCUCGAAUUUGGGAUAUUGAAACUGGUAAAGAGCUUGUAAUAUAUGAUACUGGAUCAGCUGUUAGGGCAUGUGGUUUUUCUUACAGUGGUAAAAAAGUAUUUUACUCAACAGACAAAACUAUGGGUCAAACAUGCGAAAUAAAAUUAUAUGAUGUAAGAGAUUCUAUUUCACAAGGUACACCAACACCAUAUCUUGUUAUACCUGUGCCUGAUUCAAAAGUUACCUCAGCAGUUUGGGGACCUUUAGAUGAAUUUAUUAUAACUGGUCACGAAAAUGGUACUGUUUCAAAAUGGUGUGCUCAGACUGGUGAUCUUAUAAAAUCUAUGCGAGCUCACAUUGACAAAGUAAGUGAUCUCCAAAAAAGUUCCAAUGAAAUGAUGUUUAUAACUGCAUCAAAAGAUAACACAUCUAAGUUAUUUGAUACUGAAACAAUGCAACUUUUAAAAACAUACAAAACAGAUAGACCUGUAAACUCUGCUGCUAUUUCACCCAUUCGUGAUCAGGUUGUGCUUGGAGGUGGUCAAGAAGCUAUGGAGGUUACGACAACCUCUACAAGAAUCGGAAAAUUUGAUGCAAGGUUUUUUCAUAUGAUAUUUGAAGAAGAGAUCGGACGAGUUAAAGGUCAUUUUGGUCCCAUCAACAGUUUAGCCUUUCAUCCUAAUGGUAAAAGUUACAGCAGUGGAGGAGAAGAUGGUUACGUUCGAAGUCACGUAUUCGAUAAAUCUUAUUACGAAUUUGAAUUCGAGUACUGAUAUUAUUUUAAAAUGUUGACAAUGAGUAGCUGACACUAUAAAUAUUGCGAUGAUAUGCAAAUAUAUACUGUAUUCAAUAAUUGGUUUAGAUUUAGUUUCUUAUCGA